GAGAUGUCAAUGAGAGAAGUGAAAAACUAUUCCUUUGUUGUUAAUUUUUCUCGAGAUCUAAAAGGCACAACCUAGAUUAGAACCAACGUCUUAAGUAGUUGAACAUGUUAUUACUCCAACCUCGUGAAAGUGACAAACUGACACGUUUUCAUUUUCGUCAAAAACGAAUUUAUAUUAAAAGAGUGCCUAUGAGUUGACGGCCUUCACAUGCGCAAUUCGGCGCCUGACGACCGUUAGACCCGAUGACGUGUUUCUCCUCCUCCAACACUCUUGUCGCGUUCACGUACUAGUCGGAACUAGGAAACUCGGAAAUGUCAUACUUGCUAAUCAGUUGUACUUAUACACGUGCCGCGUUCAGCCAGUUAGCAAAUCGGAAAUGUCCAAAUUUCCUGGUUCCGACUGGCACUUUGUCCGCGGCGUCAGAACCCUUUUUAAAAAGAGGGGCGUGUCUUGGUUGUCAUAGCGCGUUGACAACGACACCAACCAGGAAGCUACAGUGGAGAAUGAUCUAAACAAAACGACUAGUGUUUGUAUUAAAUAUAUUUAUAACUAGCUCCUUGUUCUGUCUGUGUUUGUAUUGUAUGACAGCCGACACAGACACGCCUGUCUAUUGUACCGUUAGCUACCAGAGUAUACAUCUCUAUCCACACAGCGAUGUCUCGGAAGAAAGAGAAAGAAGAAUAUUACCGUUUUUUCUCGGUGACAGAACCACGCACACACGAGAAGGGGCACACGGAAUAUAAAGUCACCGCAAGGUUUGUCUCCAAGCGUUGUCCUGAGGAUGUGAAGGAGGUGUUAGUAUGGAGGAGGUACAGUGAACUGAAGAAGCUUCAUGGAGAGCUGUCCUACACACACAGAAACCUGUUCAGGAGGCAGGAGGAGUUCCCUCCGUUCCCCCGCGCUCAGCUCUUUGGUAGGUUUGAUGAAGGGGUGAUCGAGGAGAGGAGGAGUGCAGCUGAGGCCAUGCUACUGUUCACCACCAACAUCCCUGCUCUCUACAACAGCCCUCAGCUAAAGGACUUCUUCAGGUGUGGAGAGGUGGUGAGACCACUGGACCCCUCCCCCCUCGCCUCCACCCCCCUCCCUCCCCCUCUCAUCCCCCUCCCCCAGCGCAGAGGCUCAGACUGUGAACUAGCGGAGGAGGAGGGGACUGUGGCCCCUAUCCAACCCCAGGACCUUGGCCUCUCCCUGGGCACAGAUCUAGGCGAGCCUGAGGUGGCGGCUGAGGCCUAUAGUGAGAUGGGUGGGAGUCCAACUCCGGUGGCAGAAACACCUACAGAGGAGGACGUGACGGAGCUACAAGACGACCUAGAGGUAGAAAUCCGAGUUCCCUCUCAGUUCCAGCCAUGCGUCCUGGGAACGGACCAACCACAGUCUCAGGAGGAGUUUGAUUCGCUAUUUGACUCUGUGGUGGGGGAGGAGCCUACGGAAGAAGUUCUGCCCCCUCUCUCCGACAAUGACCUUGCCAUCUUCGACCCCUGUGCUAAAGAAGACCAACCGAACGCCUCACACGAACACUCAGAACUCCUGUCGCUGCCCCUGACCAAUCCGGACGGCGGGGAGGCGGGCUAUCUGAGGCAGGCAGCCAAUGAGCUCACUGCUGCGAUGGCGAGAGAGGAGGAGGGAGAGUACAGUACAGCCAUACUAAAAUACAAGACUGCUGUGGAUAUACUCAUCACUGGAGUUAAAGGAGAUCCAGACCCACAACGUAGAGAGUCAGUAAGGAGAAGAACUGCUCAGUAUCUGAAACACACAGAGACACUACUCACACUGCUCACCUCUCUCACACACACCUCGCAGGAGAAGGACUCUUAAAUACACUCACACACACACACACACACACACACACACACACACACACACACACACACACACACUCGCAGGAGAAGGACUCCUAAACAUACAAACACAAUGUUUAAAGGAGAAGUUUACCCAAAAUCUAGAAACUCCCAAGCGAUU